AUGGCGGAUCUAAACAGAGAGUUGAGUGAAUAUUUACUAAGCAACAAAAAUGAAAAACAGUACAAAUUAACAAUCCCAACGGUGACGAUACCGAAGCCUUCACUAGGAAGAUGGUUCGGAAGAUCAUCGUCAACUCAAGAAAGCACUGAGGAGUCAGGAUGGUUCCAAGACACCCAGCGAAAUUGCUGUCCCAGUAUGACAAGGUUCCAGCGGUUGACUGGUUUUGCGAUGUGCUUAUUCAUGGGAGUGCUCUGCUUCUCGAUAUCAGCGAUUUAUGUGCCAAAACGUUGCUUCACAUUAUCAUACUUCCUGACCCUCGCAGGAACUCUGUACUUUGCUCUACAUCUCCAAUCAACACCUCUGACAGUCCUCUGCGCGGUUCUGCAGAUCAUAGCUCUGCUGUCGUUUCUCGUGAGCCACAUUCCUGGAGGUACUACGGGGCUGAUGUUCUUCGGGAGGAUGUUUAAGUCCUCUGUCAAGCCGACUUUGCCUAUCUGA